UGUGCAAUCAUAUGUAUAUAAUCGUUACUCUCUCUGCAGUCUGCUUGCUCAUUUUAACUCUCUACUUGAUUUGUUUUCUUCAGUUCUAGCUGUUCCUUAGCCUCUCAUUCGGAAACUUCUUGUUUAAUUAUAUUCUCAUUCAUCUGAUCUAUAUAUUUUACAUAUUUCUUUCAUUCAUCUGUUCCAUAGUUGCUUGUCUAGUUGUCUGUGUUGUAAUUCCGUUGUUUCGGUUUUACUUGUUGACAGCAAAAAAGAAGCAAAAUUGAGAAAGAAGAGAAGCAAAUGGAAAAAGGAUGCAAUGUGAGAUGUUGGGAUGAACUAUUACCUGAUGCACUUGGCCUUAUAUUCGAUAAACUUUCCCUUCAGGAAGUGCUCACUGUUGUCCCAAGGGUGUGCAAAUCAUGGGGAAGAGCAGUCAUGGGGCCUUAUUGCUGGCAACAAAUAGAUAUUGAAGAAUGGAGUCGAUAUCAGCCGCCUGAAAACAUUGACAGAAUGCUUCAAAUGCUUAUCAGACGUAGCUGUGGUUCACUCCGCAAACUCUGUGUUACUGGCCUCUCCACUGAUCGAAUGUAUAGCUUCAUUUCAGUCCAUGCCAAGACUCUUCGGACUUUACGCAUCCCAAGAAGUACGAUAAGUGACUCCAUGAUGAAACAAGUUGCUGGGAAGUUCUCUUCAAUCACCUACUUGGAUUUGAGUUACUGCAUUCAUAUUGGAGCCCCGGGUCUAGAGGUUAUCGGAAAGCACUGUCAGUUUCUCAGUAAAUUGCGCAGAAUAAUGCACCCACUGGAGGUAAUAGGAAAGAUCUCCCAAGACGAUGAGGCUCUUGCCAUAGCUGCCACGAUGCCUCAACUCGAGCACCUUGAGAUCGCCUAUCUGCUUGUCAGUACUUAUAGUGUAGUCGAGAUACUAACAAACUGUAGGCUGCUCAAACUACUGGAUGUUCGAGGAUGUUGGAAUGUCAGUCUUGACACGAAACUUGUUCAUAACUUCCCUGGACUAGAGGUUGUUGGACCCCUUGUCGUCGAUCACAGUCCUGACGUAAGUAGUUGGGAAGGUUGCUCUGAUUACUCUACUUGUUCUGGAUAUCUGGCAUGGAAUUUUGUUGCUGGUGACGCGGAUAAUUACAGGGAUGGGAUUUCAGAAGAUGAACAUAGUAUUGAUAAUGUGGAAAUGUGGUUUUACAAUGGUCUUGAUGCCCAGGAUGCUGGAUUUGAUUGGCCGCAAUCCCCUUGAGUCUGAUAAUAAUAAUCACUCACAUAAAAUGAUUUGAUUUUAGCACCCAUUUGAUCCUUUAAAUCACCAAUUUAUGUAUUAGACUGUUGGAGUGCAUAACUAUUGAUGCCAAUUUAUAUGCUUGUAAUCUUGUGUUUUGAGUUAGCAUCGGGUUAU